ACUAUGGUCCAGGUUUUUUCGAGAAUUCUUAUCAAUGAAGAUGGCUAGUCCAUAAUUGGCAGACUUCUUUGCUAAUGACUCGAAACACUAGUUUUCCGGUACGACCAACCGACACAGAGUAAUUCGUCGGAGAUGGACAUCACGCCGUCGGAGUCGGCCAUUAUGGAAGACUUCGGUCAGAAAGUCGAUCUGACACGGAGGAUCCGGGAGGUGUUACUGAAUUAUCCGGAAGGCACCACUGUAUUGAAAGAGCUUAUACAGAACGCCGACGACGCCGGCGCUACCAAAAUUUGUCUGUGCCUCGAUCGCCGCUCUCAUGGCACCGAGUCUCUGCUCUCUGAUCGGCUGGCUCAAUGGCAGGGCCCUGCGCUGCUGGCUUAUAACAACGCCGUUUUCACGGAGGAGGAUUUUCUUAGUAUCUCGAGGAUCGGCGGUAGUACAAAGCACGGCCAGGCUUGGAAAACCGGCCGCUUCGGGGUUGGUUUCAACUCAGUCUACCAUCUAACAGAUUUGCCAUCCUUUGUCAGUGGCAAAUAUGUUGUACUAUUUGACCCUCAGGGUGCUUACCUUCCAAAUGUAUCUACUGCAAAUCCUGGAAAGCGUAUCGAUUUUGUUACUUCUUCAGUCAUCUCAUUGUAUAAAGAUCAGUUAAAUCCAUAUUGUGUUUUUGGUUGUGACAUGAAAAGUCCUUUCCCUGGAACUUUAUUUCGUUUCCCUUUGAGGAAUGCAAAUCAAGCUGCUGUUAGUAAACUCUCAACUCAAUCGUACUUGGAAGAUGACAUCUCUUCCAUGUUUGUUCAGCUUUAUGAGGAAGGAGUGUUCUCUCUGCUGUUUCUUAAAAGUCUACUUUCUAUAGAAAUGUAUGAGUGGGAUACUGACAUGCCUGAACCUAGAAAGACUUACUCCUGCUCAGUGAACUCAGAUGAGGGUGAUAUGGUUUGGCAUCGCCAGACAGUUUUGAGGUUAUCAAAAGCAACUGAUUUUAGAGAAGCUCCUGAUAGGUUUAAGCUAAAUUUUGUAAGCGAGGCAUUUACUGGAAAAUUGUCUCAGCAGAGAAUUGACACUUUCUAUAUAGUGCAAAAAAUGGCAUCACCAACAAGCAGAAUUGGAUCCUUUGCUGCUACUGCAUCAAAAGACUUUGAUAUCCAUCUUCUGCCUUGGGCAUCGGUUGCAGCAUGUGUAUCAGAUAAUUCAUCCAAUGAUGAUAUUCUCCUGCAAGGUCGGGCUUUCUGUUUCCUCCCUUUACCUGUCAAAACUGGAUUGCGGGUACAAAUAAAUGGAUUCUUUGAAGUUUCAUCAAAUCGACGUGGCAUUUGGUAUGGAGCUGAUAUGGAUAGAUCUGGAAGAAUUCGUUCUCUCUGGAACAGACUUCUCUUGGAAGAUGUUGUUGCUCCUUGUUUUGGUCAAUUACUCCUAAGCAUUCAAGAGAUACUUGGUCCAACUAAGGUUUAUUAUUCUUUGUGGCCCAAUGGGUCAUUCAAUGAGCCAUGGAGUAUUUUAGUUGAGCAUAUUUACAAAAGCAUCAGCGACUUACCUGUCUUCUUCUCUGCUGUUGAAGGAGGGAAAUGGGUAUCGGGGAGAGAAGCUUUUCUUUAUAAUGAGGACUUCUCAAGUAAAGAGCUUGAGAACGCUCUUGUAGAGCUAGGCAUGCCUGUUGUUCAUUUGCCGAAUGGUUUAUUUAAUAUGCUAGUGACCCAUGGCUGUGGUGUCCAGUGGCUGGUAGUUACUCCAGAUUCUGUACGCCAGUAUCUUAAGGGUUGCAAAUGUAUCAACUUGAUUGACAGAUCGUACAGGCUCAUGCUACUGGAAUAUUGCAUUGAGGAUCUGGUUGAUGCAGAUGUUGGCAAGCAUGUGUCUGGCUUGCCUUUGCUUCCUUUAGCAAAUGGUGACUUCGGGUCAUUUUCUGAACCUAAUGAUGGGGUCUCUUAUUUUAUUUGCAAUGAAUUGGAGCAUAUGCUUCUACAAAAUGUUGCCGAUAACAUUAUUGACUAUAAAAUUCCUGGCCACAUAUUAAACAGACUGUUGGCUGUUGCAAAUGCAUCAGGGGCAAACAUCUUUGUUUUUAAUGUUGAUGAAUUCCUUAAAUUAUUACAAGAACUUUUUCCUGCUGAAUGGAGAUACAAACCUAAAGUUCUUUGGGAGCCAGACUCUCGUACAGCUAAACAUCCAACUUCUUCAUGGUUUGUGCUUUUCUGGCGCUAUAUCAGGGUUGAAUGUGAAAAAUUAUCUUCUUUUGGUGAUUGGCCUAUAUUACCAUCACUCUCUUGCUAUUUGUUUAAGCCAUCAAAACAUUCAAAAUUGUUGAAUCCAGACAAAUUGUCUGAACAAAUGCGGCAGAUUCUAUUUGAUAUUGGAUGCAAUAUGCUAAAUACCGAAUAUGGUGUUGAGCACCCUGACUUGUUCCAUUAUGUCUAUGAAGCUGAUUGUGUUGGUGUUUUGAAGUCUAUCUUUGAUGUUGCCUCUUCAAGUGAUGACAGCAGACUGACAUUUCUUCAGAACCUGGAAGUGGGAGAAAGAGAUGAACUGCGUAGGUUUCUUUUGGAUCCAAAGUGGUACAUUGGGAAGUGUAUGGAUGAUUCUGACAUAUGGAAUUGCAAGAGGCUACCUAUUUACAGAGUUUACGGUGGGGAAUCAUCUGAAAGUAUUCAGUUCUCUGAUUUAGUAAAUCCUCAAAAAUACUUGCGUCCCCUGGAUUGUCCUGAGUGCCUCCUUUCUGGUGAAUUCAUUAGCAGUUUGUCUAGUACUGAAGAAGAGGUGCUAAAUAGAUACUUUGGAAUUAAACGAAUGGGGAAACCGGAAUUUUAUAAGAGACGUGUAUUAACCAGGAUUAGUGGGUUAGAUCCUACUGUUCGUGACAGCAUCAUGCUGUCAGUUCUGAAAGAUUUACCGCAGCUAUGUUCUGAAGAUGCAUCUUUUAGAGAAAUGCUGAAAAAUUUGAACUUUAUUCCCACAUCUAGUGGCUCUCUGAAGAGUCCAGCAGUGCUAUAUGAUCCAAGAAAUGAAGAACUGUUUUCUCUACUUGAAGAUUCUGAUUGCUUUCCUUCUGGUGCUUUCAAUGACGAUGAUGUUUUAGAUAUGUUAAAAGGUUUGGGUCUUAGGACUACUGUAUCUACUGAGACCAUCAUACAGAGUGCUCAACAAGUGGAGCUGUUAAUGCAAAAGAAUCAAGAAAUGGCUCAAUCAAGAGGCAAAGUACUUCUUUCAUAUCUUGAAGUGAAUGCAAUGAAGUUGCUACCAGAUCAUCCCAAGGAUGAUCAACGAACAAUGAACAGAAUGUUUGCCAGAGCUGCUAAUGUGCUUAAACCUCGCCAUAUAAGAUCUGACUUAGAAAAGUUCUGGAAUGAUCUUCGCCUUAUUUCUUGGUGUCCUGUUCUUAUUCAUUCUCCCUACCAGUCUUUGCCUUGGCCUGCUGUAUCAUCCAUGGUUGCUCCUCCUAAGAUUGUAAGACCAUAUGCAGACUUGUGGCUUGUUUCUGCCAGCAUGCGAAUACUGGAUGGAGAAUGCUCCUCUUCAAUUUUGUCUAAUCAGCUUGGUUGGUCCUCUCCACCUGGAGGAAGUGUAAUUGCUGCCCAACUGCUUGAACUUGGAAAAAACAAUGAGAUUGUUUCUGAUCCAGAGCUUCGUCAGGAAUUAGCUUUAGCAAUGCCAAGGGUAUACUCUAUACUAACAGCCAUGAUUGGUUCAGAUGAGAUGGACAUUGUAAAGGCUAUUUUAGAGGGUUGCCGAUGGAUCUGGGUCGGUGAUGGAUUUGCAACUCCAGAUGAGGUUGUCCUUAAUGGUCCACUUCAUUUGGCUCCUUACAUGCGUGUUAUACCCAUUGAUCUAGCAGUUUUCAAAGACUUAUUUUUUGAGCUUGGGGUCCAGGAGUCGUUGAGGCCUAGCGAUUAUGCUAAUAUAUUAUGUCGAAUGGCUAGUAGAAAAGGCUCCCUUCCCUUAGACACUGAGGAAAUUAGGGCUGCCAUAUUGAUUGCACAACAUCUGUCUGAUGUACAGUUUUAUGAAGAUCAAAUUAAAAUCUAUCUCCCAGAUGUGUCAUGUCGAUUAUUUAAUGCUACAGAUCUGGUCUAUAAUGAUGCUCCCUGGUUGCUUGAUUCAGAUGAUCCUGACUCUUCUAAUGGAUCUGCCAUGGCCUUACAUGCAAAACAAACUAUUCAAAGAUUUGUGCAUGGAAACAUUUCUAAUGAUGUAGCCGAGAAACUUGGAGUUCGAUCUUUUCGGAGGAUGCUUCUUGCAGAGAGUGCAGACUCUAUGAAUUUAAGUUUGUCUGGUGCUGCUGAAGCAUUUGGUCAGCAUGAAUCAUUGACAACUAGGCUGAGACAUAUCCUUGAAAUGUAUGCCGAUGGCCCUGGGGUUCUCUUUGAACUAGUGCAAAAUGCUGAGGAUGCGAAUGCCUCCAAGGUGGCAUUUUUAUUGGAUAAAAGUCAGUAUGGGACUUCAUCUGUUCUUUCUCCUGAGAUGGCAGAUUGGCAGGGCCCUGCUUUGUACUGCUUCAACAACUCAGUUUUCAGUCCCCAAGAUUUGUAUGCAAUCUCUCGUAUUGGUCAAGAAAGUAAACUGGAGAAACCAUUUGCUAUUGGAAGAUUUGGAUUGGGAUUUAAUUCUGUUUAUCACUUCACAGAUAUUCCUACUUUUGUUUCUGGGGAAAAUGUUGUCAUGUUUGAUCCUCAUGCCUGUAGUUUACCUGGAAUCUCUCCUUCCCACCCUGGUUUGCGAAUCAAAUUUGUGGGAAGAAGGAUAUUAGAACAAUUCCCUGACCAAUUCUCUCCAUUUCUUCAUUUUGGCUGUGACCUCCAAAAUCCAUUCCGUGGUACCCUUUUCCGUUUCCCUCUUCGGAGUGCUACUGUUGCUUUGAGAAGCCAAAUCAAGAAGGAAGUGUAUGAACCAGAUGAUGUCCUAACACUUUUCUCUUCCUUUUCUGAAGUUGUUUCUGAGACUUUGCUUUUCUUACGAAAUGUGAAAAAUAUCUCCAUUUUUGUGAAAGAAGGGGCUAAUAGUGAAAUGCAAUUGAUACAUUCAGUUCAAAAGCAAUAUGUUAGUGAGCCUGAAGGAGAAAGUGAUUCGUUUGAUAAAGUGUUUGGCCUGAUGUCUAGGAAUCAGCCUGGCAUGGAUAAAGUUCAGUUCCUUAACCAAUUAUGCAAAUCUAUAGACACAAAGUUUCAAUGGAAGUGCCAGAAGAUUUUGCUGUCAGAAAAGGGUUCUUCUGGUGGUCGGUCGUAUUUGUGGUUGGCUAGUGAGUGCUUGGGUAAUAUACGCAGUAGGAGUCACCAGGAAAGGUUUGGUGAGAUGAAUAAAUUUGUUCCCUGGGCUUGUGUUGCUACUUGUUUGCAGUCUGUAAAUAUUGUAAAAGAAAUGCUUGGGAGUGAUAACUCUUUUGAGGAAACUGUUGUCAUUACUCCUGACAUGCUUGUUGGCUCCCUAGCUUCUGCUGAAGCAAUAAAGACUUUUGAGGGCCGUGCCUUCUGUUUUCUGCCACUCCCAAUAUGUACUGGCCUCCCUGUGCAUGUUAAUGCUUACUUUGAGUUAUCAUCAAACAGAAGGGAUAUAUGGUUUGGCAAUGACAUGGCAGGGGGUGGGAAAAAGCGCUCAGACUGGAAUACAUAUCUACUUGAAGAUGUUGCUGCUCCAGCAUAUGGCCAUUUGAUUGAAAAAGUUGCAUCAGAAAUUGGUCCAUGUGAUUUGUUUUUCACCUUUUGGCCAAUGGUGGUGGGAUUUGAACCAUGGACAUCAAUGGUGCGGAAAUUCUAUAAUUAUAUCACAGAUGCUAAUCUCCGCGUAUUGCAUACAAGAGCAAGAGGGGGGCACUGGAUAUCAACGAAGCAAGCAAUAUUUCCUGAUUUCUCCUUUUCUAAGGCAUUGGAACUUGUUGAAGCAUUGUCAGAUGCUGGUUUACCUAUUGCAUCUAUUCCUAAGGCUAUUGUGGAUAACUUUAUGGAAAUUUGCCCAUCACUUAAUUUCCUUACACCUCAGUUGCUACGGACUCUUCUAAUUAGGAAGCAACGUGAAUUUCGAGAUAGAAAUGCAAUGAUUUUGACCUUGGAAUAUUGCUUGCUUGAUUUGCAAAGUCCAUUUCAAUCUGAAAGUUUUUAUGGUUUACCUCUUUUACCUCUAUCCAAUGGUUUGUUCACAAAAUUCGAGAAGAGAGGGGCCAGUGAACGAAUUUAUAUUGCACAUGGAGAUGGAUAUGAUCUCCUCAAGGAUUCUCUUCCUAACCAACUUACAGAUUCAAGCAUUUCUGAAUUUCUUCACGGGAAGUUAUGUGAAAUAGCUCAAAGUGAGAAUUUCAAUGUUACUUUCUUGACAUGCCCUUUGCUUGCGAAACUCCUUGUAAGAUUACUGCCAGUAGAGUGGCAGCAAGCUAAACAAGUAAUAUGGGUACCUAGUUCUGGGGGACAUCCAAGCAUGGAAUGGAUGAAACUAUUGUGGAACUAUCUCAAGUGUCAUUGUGAUGAUCUCUCUUUGUUUUGUAAUUGGCCUAUUUUGCCUAUUGAAAAUAGUUAUCUCUUGCGGCUUGUUGAAAAUUCUAAUGUGAUCAUGGUCGGAGGUUGGAGUGAGAACAUGUCCUCACUGUUGUUGCGUGUUGGAUGCUUUGUAUUGAUGCGUAACCUGCCAAUAGAGCAUCCACAGUUGGAACUGUAUGUCCAGCCUCCUACUGCUGCUGGUAUCUUAAAAGCAUUACUUGCAAUAGCUGGGAAGCCAGACAAUGUAGAGGGGCUCUUUAGUGAUGCAUUGGAAGGGGAGCUGCAUGAACUUAGAAGCUAUAUUCUCCAGUCCAAGUGGUUCUCUGAAGGCUCAAUCAAUAGUACUCAUAUGAACACCAUCAAACACAUCCCAAUGUUUGAGUCAUUCAAGAGCAGAAAGUUUGUAUCUCUAAGCAGGUCAACCAAAUGGCUUGCCCCUACUGAUGUAUUUGAGGAUUUCUUGAAUGAUGAUUUUUUAAGGAUGGAAUCCGAAAAAGAUAGAAUUAUCCUCAACAAGUACUUUGAGAUCAGUGAGCCCACAAAGGUUGUAUUCUACAAAGAUUACGUACUCAAUCGCAUGGUGGAGUUCGUUUUGAAGGAAGGAUUUCUUUCAGCUAUUUUACAGGACAUCAAUUUCUUGAUGGAAAAGGAUGACUCUUUCAAAGCAGAAAUUUCUAAGGUAGCGUUUGUUUCAACUUGCAAUGGAUCCUUGAAAGAGCCAUUCAGGCUUUAUGAUCCUCGUGUUUCUGAGCUUAAAAUGCUGCUCUAUGUAGGAGCAUACUUUCCUGAUGAGAAAUUUUCAGAUCCUGAGAUACUAGAAAUUCUUGCAAAGCUUGGACUUAGGAAAACAUUGGGAUUUACUGGAUUGCUUGACUGUGCAAGGUCAGUCUCAAUGUUACAUGAUUUAAAUGCCUCUGAAGCUAUAGUGUAUGCUAGGAGGCUGCUUAACUUGUUGGAUAUAGUGGCAUUGAAACUCUCCUCCAAUGAAGUGGGACAGAGUUUUGGAAAGCCUAAAGAUGCUAUGGAAUGUCAGAUUGGAAGUCUUGCUAUUCUUGAUGAAGAGAAGCACACUACUGAUGGUUUUGAGAGAGAAUGCUCUAGCUUUGGUUCUCUCUUCAGCCACUGGGUUGAUGAUAUGCCUCAAGAGCAGUUUUGGUCUGAAUUAAGAUCUAUCAGCUGGUGUCCAGUAUAUGAUGAACCGCCUAUAGGUGGACUUCCGUGGUUUGCAGUUGGGCAGAGCAUAGCAAUGCCAACUAGUGUUAGGCCGAAGUCUCAGAUGUGGAUGUUGUCUUCAAUGAUGCAUAUCUUGGAUGGUGAAUGUUCAGAUUUGCUCCAACAUAAUCUUGGUUGGAUGGAUCGAUUAAAUGUGCAGAUUUUGUCUGCACAGUUAAUUGGUUUAUCCAACUCUUAUGCUGAGAUCCAUGCAAAUUCACACACAAUACCUAAUCUUGAUGCUGAAUUGCAGAAGCAUGUAUAUUCAGUUUAUUCACAGAUGCAAGAAUAUAUUGGUACUGAGGACUUCAAAUUUCUUAAAUCUGCAUUGGGUGGCAUUCAUUGGGUCUGGAUAGGAGAUGAUUUUGUAUCCACUGAUGUCCUUGCAUUUGAUUCACCCUUGAAAUUUAGUCCGUACUUAUAUGUUGUGCCAUCAGAGCUAACAGAAUUCAGAGAUUUGCUAUUGGAAUUAGGUGUUAGACAUAGUUUUAAUAUUUUUGAUUACUUACAUGUUCUGCAAAGGUUACAAAAUGAUGUGAAAGGUUGCGCCCUUUCAAAUGAUCAAUUGAAUUUUGUUCAUUGCAUCCUGGAAGCUGUUGCUGAUUUCUCAUUAGACACUCCGAUCUUUGAAGGUUCAACUAGUCCAUUAAUAAUCCCUGAUUCUUCUGGUGUUCUUGUGAAAAUUGGAGAACUUGUUUAUAAUGAUGCUCCAUGGAUGGAGAACGACACCCUUGUUGGACAACGAUUUGUACAUCCUUGCAUCAGCCAUGACCUUGCUAAUAGAUUGGGCAUUCAAUCACUUCGUUCUGUCUCUAUAGGUAGUGAAGAAAUGAUGAAAGAUUUUCCAUGCAUGGACUACUCUAAAAUAUGUGACCUUGUGGAGUUGUAUGGAAACAGUGGCUUCCUUUUGUUUGAUCUACUUGAGUUGGCAGAUUGCUGCAAAUCAAAAAGGCUGCACUUGAUUCUUGACAAAAGAGAGCAUCCACGUCAGUCCCUAUUGCAACAUAAUCUUGGUGAUUUUCAAGGGCCGGCUCUGAUAGCGAUCCUUGAAGGGGCCAAUUUAAGUAGAGAUGAAGUGGCUGGCCUUCAAUAUCUUCCUCCAUGGAGUCUGCUUGGCAAUACAGUUAAUUAUGGACUGGGACUGCUUAGCUGUUUUUCCAUAACUGACUUUCUGUUAGUUGUUUCUGAUGGCUGCCUGUACAUGUUUGAUCCAAGAGGUUUAGCUCUUCCCUUGCCUGCAAAUCGUGCAUCUACGGCAAAAGUGUUCUCUCUUCAAGGUACUAAUUUAGUGGAACGGUUUCAUGAUCAAUUCAGCCCUUUGCUGAUUGGUGAAAAUAUGCAAUGGUCAAUAUCAAAUUCUACUAUCAUACGCAUGCCACUUUCUUCAGAAGUCAUGAAGGAAGGAAUUGAAUCUGGCUUGGAAAGGGUUACAUUGGUGUUUGACAAAUUUAUCAAGCAUUCUUCAGCUUCUAUAUUGUUUUUGAAGUCAGUUUUGCAGGUCACACUGUCAACAUGGGAGAAAGACAGCCCUCAGAGAACCUUGGAUUAUUCAAUUGAUGUGGAUCCCUUGUUUGGUAUUGGGAGAAAUCCUUUCUCAGAGAGGAAGUGGAAAAAAUUCCAACUAGCAAGUUUAUUUGGCAGUUCUAGUGCUUCAACCAAGUUGCAAGUCAUAGAUGUGACUGUGCAGAAAGGACUGAAUAGAGUAGCUAACCGUUGGCUUGUUGCACUUAGUCUUGGCUCAGGACAAACAAGAAAUAUGGCACUUGAUAGUUGUUUUCACAGGCGGUACAUGGCAUUCAAUCUUACUCCAGUUGCUGGAGUUGCAGCACUGAUAUCACAAAAUGGAAAGCCUACUGAUACCAGUUCCGUGAGUGCUAUCAUGUCCCCACUUCCUCUGUCUGGAGGUGUAAACUUGCCUAUCACUAUUCUUGGAUAUUUCCUUGUAUGUCACAACCAAGGGCGCUUCCUCUUCAAGUCCCAAUAUGAGGAAACCUCAGCUGGCACAAGGUUUGAUGCUGGAAAUCAGUUGAUUGAAGCUUGGAAUCGAGAGCUGAUGUCUUGUGUUCGCGAUGCUUAUAUUAAAUUGGUCCUGGAAAUGCAGAAGUUAAGAAGAGAUCCAUCAACUUCUAUCCUUGAGUCAAAUUUGGUCCAUGGUGUCAGGUUGACUCUGAAUGCUUAUGGAGAUCAAAUUUACUCUUUUUGGCCUAGGUCAGGAGGGAAUAAACCGAUUAAUCAAGAAUUAGAUCUGAAUGAUUCUAUGACUGUGAAAGUUGCUAAAGCAGAUUGGGAGUGCAUACUAGAACAAGUUACGAGGCCAUUCUAUGCUCACCUUAUUGACCAACCUGUUUGGCAACUGUAUUCUGGGACCCUGGUCAAGGUUGAAGAGGGGAUGUUUCUUUCUCAACCUGGAAGUGCUGUGGAGGGUUGUUUGCUUCCAGCUACUGUUUGUGCCUUUGUGAAGGAACAUUAUCCAGUCUUCUCAGUGCCAUGGGAAUUGGUGAAUGAGAUUCAGGCACUAGGAGUUAUAGUGAGGGAAAUUAAACCGAAAAUGGUGAGGGACCUUCUUCGAGCUUCCUCAACAUCUAUUGUUCUUCGGUCAGUUGAUACAUAUGUUGAUGUGCUUGAGUAUUGCUUAGCGGAUAUCAUGCUCUUUGAGCCUUGUAAAUCAAAUGCACCUGUUAGAUUGAGUGGUGUGAAUAACUCUGCUUCUCCUAUCAUUAGAGAAGAGUUUGACAAUUCUGUCUCUUUAUCAAGCCCACAGGGACAAAGAAUUCACAGUACCACCCCAAGUUCAAGUAGUUCAGGAGGAGAUGCCCUUGAAAUGAUGACAAGCUUAGGAAAGGCCAUAUUUGAUUUUGGCCGUGUCGUAGUUGAAGAUAUUGGUAGAACAGGAGUGCCUGUGUCUCAAAGAAGUAAUCUUGCAGCCACCAAUAGAGAUGGCAUCAAUAGUAGGAAUGAGGACAACCAGAGAAUACUAUCUGUGGCUGCUGAAAUAAGAGGCUUACCCUGUCCAACUGGAUCAAACCAUUUGACGAGAUUAGGGGUUAAUGAAAUAUGGGUAGGAAACAAGGAGCAACAGUCACUUAUGCUUUCUUUGGCUGCAAAGUUUAUCCAUCCUAAAGUGUUGGAGAGAUCAAUCUUGGCAAAUAUUUUAUCUAACAGCUCUCUUCAAUUGUUAUUGAAAAUACAAAGCUUUUCACCUUCCUUGUUGGCUAAUCACAUGAGAUUUCUUUUUCAUGAAAACUGGGUUAGUCAUGUAACUGAAUCAAAAAUGGCUCCAUGGUUUUCAUGGGAGAAUGCUGCUAUUUCUGGUAGUGAAUGGAGCCCUUCUCCUGAGUGGAUUAGACUUUUCUGGAAGACCUUUAAUUGUUCAGAUAACCUCCCUCUUUUCUCUGAUUGGCCCCUUGUUCCCGCCUUUCUUGGUCGCCCAGUUCUAUGUCGUGUAAGGGAGCGCCAUCUUGUGUUCAUUCCGCCCAGUGAUAUUUAUGCAAACUCUAACUUUGAGGAAAUGGGAACUGCAGAAAGAAACACAUCUGGUUUAUCUUCAGAGUCUGAUGUGAUUCAAUCGUACAAGUUGUCCUUUAGUAUUGUUCAGGAAAAGUACCCUUGGUUAUUGUCUUUGCUGAACCAGUGCAAUAUACCAAUAUUUGAUGUUGCCUUCAUGGAUUGUGCUGCUCCAUGCCAAUGCUUACCUAGGGAUGGACAAUCAUUAGGUCAAAUUUUAGCUACUAAGUUUGCAGCAGCUAAAAGUGCUAGCUAUUUUUCUGAUCCCAAGUCCUUUUCAGAUUCUGAACGUGAUGAACUUUUUAGACUAUUUGCUUCUGAUUUCUCCUCUAAUGGCUCUGGGUACGGAAGAGAGGAAGUUGAGGUACUGCGUGAUCUUCCAAUAUAUAAGACAGUUACUGGAUCAUACACCAGAUUGCAGGGGAACGAUUUGUGUAUGGUUCCUUCUAGUACAUUUCUUAAGCCAUAUGAUGAACAUUGUCUAUCACACUCCUCAGAUUCUAGUGAGAUUUGUUUACUUAGAGCUCUUGGCAUCCCUGAGUUGCAUGAUCAACAAAUUUUGGUAAAAUUUGGAUUACCUGAAUUCAACAGAAAGCCUCAGUCUGAGCAGGAGGACAUUUUAAUUUAUCUGUACAUGAAUUGGCAGGAUCUACAAGAAGAUUCAUCAAUUGUUGAAGCUCUUAAGGAAACACAUUUUGUUAAAAGCGCUGAUGAGAUGUCAUUGGAACUGUGCAAACCCAAAGAUCUGUUUGAUCCUGGUGAUGCUCUUUUAGCAUCAGUGUUCUCUGGUGUUGGAAGGAAAUUUCCUGGGGAAAGGUUCAUUUCUGAUGGGUGGUUACGCAUUUUAAGGAAAGUGGGUCUCCGAAAUUCAGCUGAUUCUGACAGUGUGCUUGAAUGCGCCAAGAGAAUCGAAUCACUUGGAAGCCAAUGUGUUAAACAUGCUCCUGAUGAAUUUGAAAUUGAACUAUUCAACUCACAGGAUGAAGUAUCUUCUGAAGUAUGGUUGUUGGCUGAAAGUUUGGUAAAAUCUAUAAUUUCAAACUUUGCUGUUCUAUAUAGUAGCCAGUUUUGCAACCUUCUUGGAAAGAUUGUCUGUGUUCCUGCUGAAAAGGGUCUUCCAGGUAGUGGUGGCAAGAGGUGUGGGAAGAGAGUACUAUGCUCUUACAGUGAAUCUAUCUUAUUGAAGGAUUGGCCACUUGCUUGGAGUUGUACUCCAAUCCUUUCUAGAAACUGUGUUGUUCCACCUGAAUACUCCUGGGGAGCUCUCAAUUUGAGGAGUCCUCCGCCCUUUUCAACUGUUUUAUUGCACCUUCAGAUCAUUGGAAGAAAUAGUGGUGAAGACACGCUUUCUCACUGGCCAACUGCAUCAGGUUUGAAGACUAUAGAUGAAGCUUCUAUUGAUGUGUUGAAGUAUCUGGACAAAGUCUGGGGCUCCCUCUCUUCUUCAGACAGAGAGGCUUUGUGCCAAGUUGCUUUCAUUCCAGCUGCAAAUGGCACACGCUUGGUGACAGCAAGCUCACUUUUUGCACGUUUGACAGUAAAUCUUUCCCCGUUUGCAUUUGAACUUCCUGCGCUCUACCUAACUUUUGUCAACAUUCUUAGAGACUUGGGCCUUCAAGAUACACUCUCAGUCAAUUCAGCUAAAAACCUUCUUUUAAGUCUUCAAAAAGCAUGUGGUUAUCAGCGGCUAAAUCCUAAUGAAUUUCGAGCUGUAUUGGAAAUUGUGCAUUUCAUUUGUGAUGAAAGAAAUUCUGCUGCAGCAACUACCUGGGAUUCUGACGCAAUAGUCCCAGACGAUGGUUGCAGACUUGUUCAUGCAAAGUCAUGUGUGUAUAUUGACUCUUAUGGUUCACGCUAUGUGAAAUAUAUCGACACUACCAGGCUAAGAUUUGCUCACCAAGAUCUCCCAGAGAGAAUAUGUAUUGCCUUUGGUAUUAAAAGGCUCUCUGAUGUUGUUAUUGAGGAACUGGAUGGCAUGGAACAUUUUGAAACAUUGGAGUAUAUUAACUCGGUCCCAGUUGCAGUCGUCAAACAGAAGUUAUUAUGUAAAUCCUUUCAAGCUGCUGUGUGGAGUGUUGUUUGUAGUAUAUCCUCUAAUAUUCAAGGAUUUGUUUGCCCAGUCUUGGAAGAUAUAAAAAGGACAUUGGAAUCCAUUGCGGACAAGGUGCAUUUUGUUCAGUGCUUAUAUACUCGUUUUGUGUUGCAACCAAAGUCAUUGGAUAUCACUCGUGUUAAGGAGGAAUCUAUUUUCCCAGAGUGGAAGGGUACUCGUCACAGGGCUCUGUACUUUGUUGAUCGAUUUAAGACGUGUGUUCUAAUUGCUGAACCACCAAGGUAUGUAUCCUUCACUGAUGUUGUUGCAAUCGUUGUAAGCAGCGUUCUGGACUCCCCAUUCCCACUCCCAAUUGGUUCUCUAUUUCUUUGUCCUGAGGGUUCUGAGACUGCAAUGGUUGAUGCCUUGAAACUAUGUUCUCAAAUGAGUGUAAAUGGGGUUGGAGGCGAUAAAGAUGAUUUUCUGGGCAAGGAAUUAUUGCCCCAAGAUGCUGUUCAGGUUCAAUUUCACCCUCUAAGACCGUUUUAUGCUGGAGAAAUAAUUGCUUGGAGAUCUGGAAAUGGAGAAAAGUUAAAGUAUGGUCGAGUUCCAGAGGAUGUGAGACCAAAAGCAGGGCAAGCAAUCUACAGGUUCAAGGUGGAAACAAUGUCAGGGGUGAUACAACCUAUUCUGUCUUCAAAUGUCUUCUCAUUCAGAUGUGUUUCUGUUGCUAGUGAGACUUCUGCUUUGGUGGAAUACCAGCCCACCAUUUUAAAUGCAGGUGCUGAAAGUUCUGGAAUAGUCAAGUCCAGCUUUUCUCAGGGGCAGGGGAAGCAGCAGCAGACACAGGAACUACAAUAUGGCCGAGUUUCUGCUGAAGAAUUGGUCCAGGCAGUUCAUGAGAUGCUUUCUACUGCAGGGAUCAAUAUGGAUGUGGAGAAGCAAUCAUUACUACAAUCCACAAUAACACUGCAAGAACAACUGAAGGAGUCUCAGGCAGCUCUUUUGCUUGAACAGGAGAAGUCCGACACGGCGUCUAAAGAAGCCGAGACAGCUAAAUCGGCAUGGGUGUGUCGGAUCUGUCUCAGUAAUGAAGUAGACGUUAGUAUAGUGCCCUGUGGUCAUGUGCUUUGCCGAAGAUGCUCAUCUGCAGUUUCCCGGUGCCCAUUCUGCAGACUCCAAGUCGCGAAGGUUAUGAGAAUUUUCCGCCCCUAAAUCAUCUUUACCAAAAAGAACAGGCUACUCUUGGUUCAAGUCAUCUCAAUUUAGAAUGUUAUAUACCUUUAUUUGGUUCUCAUUACAUGACGUUCCAAAGGAUUUCAAAUUCCUGCCUGCCACAUCAGAUUUUGGCUUAUGCUCACUCCUACACAGGACAACUUAUAAGCAAUUGAAUACAUUUAUUUUACUCGCUAAUCCCUGGCAGAAAAUUGGGAUUCGACAUCAUUCUGUAUAGCUAAAUCCUGUAUAGAAAAAAAAAAAUUAAGUGUUUAUUUUUUGAAAAA